AAGCCAAAAAUUCAUUUACCCAUUUACCCUCUUCUGUUGACAGUAUUAUCGACCUUUGCGCAUAGAACCCUAGUUGAAGGUUACAUAACAGUCCAAUUGUGCCGAAGAAGAAAUGCAGCAACCGAGAAAUUCCAAAGCAGCACUGGCAGUGGAUAAAAUCAGCAGUUUACCGGACGCUAUUCUGAGUCGCAUUCUAUCUCUUCUCUCCAUCAAAGAUGCAGUUGCAACAAGUGUUCUGUCAAAGAGAUGGAUUCAUCUAUGGCACUAUGUUGACAGUAUCGACUUCUCCGACAUCAUCACAGUGAAUAGCAUUCUAUCUAAUAGCAAUUUUAACAACUUUAUGUACUCCGUUUUGCUCUCUCGAUAUGCCGCUGGCUCUCAUUUCACCAACCGUUUCUGCCUCGUAAUUGAAUACGGUAACCCUAAUCUUGCCUAUAAUUUAGGGUUUCCCAAUGUCAACAAAUGGGUUAACCUUAUUGUUCAACCUGGACUCAAGUAUCUUCGUCUCCAUCUCUAUGUGAAUGACAAUGCUGAUGACCAAAUACCCAAAUUGCCGAUAGGUAUUCUCAACUGUAGAACACUUGUAAGUCUCGACCUUCGCCAAUUCUGUGCGAAGGAUUUUUCUUUUUCUUCCAUUGGAUUUGGAUUUCCGUCGCUCAAUGUGCUUCAUUUGAGAGAUAUUUGCUUCCAUGAAGUUCGAGAUUUUAUGUUGCUUCUAGCUGGAUGUCCCAUUCUCGAGGAUCUACUAGCGAUAGAUAUAAACUUCCAUAACAAGGAAGAUCCUCUUACUAUUCAAGAGUUUAAAAGCUUAAGCUUACCCAAAUUGAUUAAUGCACAUAUGGCUCAAUGUUGGUGUUCAUGUUUUCCGAUGAAAGCUCUUUCUAAUACGGAGUUUUUAUGUGUUGAGACGUUCAUGUUAUGCACAAAAGAACAGGUGAAUCCGCCACAAUGCCCUUACUAUGAUAUUCCUAUAUUUCAUAAUUUAACCCAAUUGGAGCUCCAUGAUAGGUUGGAAUUGGUAGCACAAGUGCUCCAAUACUUCCCUAAGCUUCAAAAACUCGAACUUAACCAGGAGUCAUAUGAGACAGCGGGGAAUGAAGAAGAUGGUCAGCAAAAUUGGGCGGAACCAGAAGUUGUCCCACAAUGUCUUUCAUCACACCUUAGAACUUGCAGUAUUCAUAACUUUUUAGGCUUACAAAGUGAGCUUAUGUUAGCAAAAUAUAUUUUGAAGAAUGCAAGAAAUUUACAAAUCAUGGAAAUCGGGUACCUAAGAUGUUAUCCUGAAAUGCAGAUAAAAUUGUCUGCGUGCCCAAAGGCCUCUGCAACAUGUCAACUUUUAUAUUAUUGAUAACAUAUGGACUGUGUAAAUUGUAGUUUCUCUAUCCUGCUUUUUGUUUCAUUGGCUUCUACUAUGCAACUGUUGGAUUUGGUGGUUUAAACUUUGAACUAUGAGCUAUUAAUUAUGAAGGUCGUGACUUUAUCUCCCUGCAUAAAUGAUGGGAAAAUUAUCUUUAAAUGAUUUAGUUAGUACUUAUCUACCCUACCUAUUUAUUUAUAUAUAUUUGUUGAGCUGUUUAGGUUCAAUUAGAUAAAGUCUUAUCCAUUUUAUGGGCAGUUGGGCACCUAUAUGUUAAAGUCAGAUUUGAUGCACAUAAGUAGUUAUCUUCUCACUGGCAAAAACACAUUUAUAUAGAAAUAUGUCUUCUUAUCUUCCCACUGAUAACAAACCCAUAUAUAUAUAUAGAGAGAGAGAGAGAGAGUUCCCAAUUUCAUUAUUUUCUAAUGUUAUGCUAUAUUUUGAUCUUACUGGUUACAUACAUUUGAUAACAUGAUUGGUGUCCUCGUAACUAAGAGGCUUUGAGAUACUAAAAGCAAUAUAUAGAUCUUGAACUAAUUCCCUUAGACUUGGCGAGAGAUCUAAUAACUCCAAUUUUCACAACUUUAACAGUUAGGAAUGCACAAAUUUAGUGAUGAAAAGUGCCAAUUUAAAUUCAUUUUGGAUUUCAUAUGUUGACAUUACAUUAAAGAGUAGUGAAACUAAAAACAAACUUGUUUGUGCUUUGCUUAAUAUCUGCUUCUGUACUACUAUUCAUAUCACAAAACGUGUUACUGGUUUUUAUGUUGUGAGUUGUGACCGAUAUACAGAACUUAUUCUAGAAAAUAAGAAGUUAUGGUUAGUGGAUAGUUUAUUUACUUGAAAAUUUAAAACUACUCUACUCUCUUGAUUCUCUAAAUAAAAUAGUUGAUUCAUAUGCUAGAAAAACAGUGAGGAUUACUCCCUGUUUGUGUAAAUGUGAUGGUAUUCUACUUUAUGUUUGCUGACGUUGCUCAAAAACUCAAUUUGAGAACUCCAUCCACUAUACCAUGCUUCAGAACAACUUGCUUCUUUCAUAUUAUGAUACAUACCGACAAUAUUAUUUGUCUUUAUUUUUGUAAUUUUUGUUUGUUAAUUUGAUUGCCUUUUCUUAAUUGUAAUUUGUACCUUCAAUAAAUUUGUGGUCAAUGGAAUGUAUACUGGAAAACCAAAGAAGAGGUAGGUGCUGGAAUGGCUGGCCUAGCAGGUGAUUCUGGUAGCAGGGUCUGCUGAUUCUGCACUAUGGAAAGCUAUCUCCAGGCUCUGGCCAAAGUUUAAAUAUAAUCAUAUUUGAGUUGUUGCCUUGUUGGUGAUGGGAAGGAUAUUCGAUUCUGGUAUGAUAAAAGGUGGGACAAGCUGAUGCUGGAUAUUUGAGUGGAUAUGAUUGAGAUAAUUCCAGAGUUGGGUGCAAGCUGGAAACUUAGUCAUGUUGUGACAAAAAAUGGUAGCUCCAAUUUCAAUAAGUUUUCUGAGUAUGUACUGAAUGAAUUUUUACAAAGGAUUUAAGCAAUUCUUCCUCCACAAGCGUAUCAAGGUACAAAUGUACAGCUCUGGCCAGGGGGGAGAAGUGGCCAGUAUAGUGGCUGGUGCUUACUCAAAGAUUGGAGGUAUUACUGAGACUGGGGUGGCUAGAAAAUGGAAGCAGGUGUGGAAGAUAGGCAACUGAGAGGGUGUGUAUUGCAUGUCACACGCUAUAUAAUAAUUUAUUAACCAAUAUUAGAGAUAUAGUUAGUUGCUCUAGUUACGAGUUAGUUAGUCUAGUUAGUUAGCCUAUAAAUAAGCUUUACACUAGUCAUUUGUACCUAACUUUCUUAUCAUUGUAUUUCUACUCAUUACCAUCAAUACAAGUCUUCUAAUCUUUCUCUCUA